GGGAGGAAUGAGCAGAGUUGAAUUACAAACACAUUUUCGUGUGUCUUUGCUCCACUCCAUACCAGCGUGGGUAAAGAUAGGCGACUGAUUUUAGCCACCAAAUCUCAGCGGGAAUACUGAGUAAUUUCUCAAUGCGAGAUUUAUUGAGGAGACUGGAGCACGGGUUGUAGACUACUCGCGCCUGUCUCACCUGCGUGACUUUUCAGUGUGUCUUUUGGAAACUGCGACCGUAAGCUUUGAUUUGAAAAAAUAGAGCAGAGCCGCAACACGAUAUAUCGGAACAUUGAUUUGAAUUGAAUGGAUCAUUGUUCGCUGAAUUCGUCUAUAUGGGAUGUACUGUGAGUUUCAUCUGUUGUGAGGACGAGUUGUUGGUGCCCCUCGGUCGCUAUGAGGAGAAAGAGAAAGAAGAAUCCACAAUAUUAUCAAAGCCUGAGGAGUUGGAGAGUGUCCACACACACAAUUUCAAGCUUAAGCCCUUCAAGAAAGUCAAGAGCUGUGAUGUAUGUCAACAGGCCAUCACCAAGGAUGGGCUCAUCUGUAAAGUGUGCAAGCUGGGCAUCCAUAAGAAGUGUGAGGUGAAGGUCCUUGCAGAUGCAUGUGUGGCACCUACCGGAUCACCUACCAAGCCGCCGUCCACUGAUCCUCCUUGGAGGUCAGUUGCUUCACUUAAUUCACGGCCGGCGACUCCUCAGCUGCCGUUGAAGCAUGUAGAAACUCCGGGAACCCCAAGGUCCUGUAAGAGUGAGCAGACUAGACGAAGGCCAUCACGGAGUGUCAGUCUGCUGCAGGCCAUGGAUGAGAACUAUGAGGUGGACCUGGUGUACAUCACCGAGAGGAUCAUCUCUGUCUCCUUCCCCAGCGGAGCAGAGGAGCGCAGCUACACCUCAAACAUCAAGGAGGUGGCCUCCAUGCUGGCCUCCAAACACGGGGAACACUAUCUGCUCCUCAACCUAAGUGAGCGGAGGAAUGACAUCACCAAGCUUAACCACAAGGUCCUGGAGUUUGGCUGGCCAGACCAUUAUGCUCCUGCCCUGGAUAAGAUCUGCAGCAUGUGCAAGGCCAUGGACACCUGGCUCAACGCUGACCAACACAAUGUAGUGGUGCUUCACAACAAGGGGAACCGUGGGAGGACAGGAGUGGUGGUGGCUGCCUACAUGCAUUACAGCAACAUAUCAGCCAGUGCUGACCAGGCACUGGACAGGUUCGCCAUGAGGCGCUUCUACGAAGACAAAGCACUUCCUGUGGGUCAACCGUCCCAGAGAAGGUAUGUGCGUUACUUCAGUGGUCUGCUCUCUGGCCACAUCAAGAUUAACAACAAGCCUCUGUUCCUGCACCACGUCAUCAUGCACGGCAUCCCCAACUUCGAGUCCAAAGGAGGCUGUCGGCCUUUCCUGAAGAUUUACCAGGCGAUGCAGCCAGUCUACACGUCAGGGAUAUAUAACGUACAAGGGGACAGUCACACCAGUAUCUGCAUCACCAUUGAACCUGGCCUGCUCCUAAAGGGAGACAUUUUGUUGAAGUGUUACCACAAGCGUUUCCGGAGCCCCAUUAGGGAUGUGAUAUUCAGAGUGCAGUUCCACACCUGUGCCAUCCACGACCUGGGAGUGGUCUUCGGGAAGAAUGAACUGGAUCAGACUUUUAAAGAUGAGAGAUUUCCAGAAUAUGGGAAAGUGGAAUUUGUCUUCUCCUUCGGACCUGAGAAAAUCAAAGGAAUGGGCCACCUUGAGAAUGGCCCACAAGUGUCGGUGGACUACAAUACCCAAGACCCCCUCAUCCGCUGGGACUCCUACGAGAACUUCAACAGGGGCUGCGAGGAUACAGGAGAUGGGCUUCAGCUUGGGUUCUGGAGUGAGGGUUCAAGACCGGUCGCUAGCUGCUUGUUGGCCCACCUCAACGUUUCUUCACCAAGGGACGCUGUUCACACCCAAGGCCCCGUCGACGGCAGCCUGUAUGCCCGAGUCCACAAGAAAGAGUCCCUCGAUGGAGUGGUCACAAUCAACGGCCUUCCCGUCCUCGACCACCCCCUAACCAACGCAGACCACACCCCCCAACACCCUAACCACACCCUCCCAAGUUCUGACCGCACCCUCCCGGUAGUGGGCCACGCCUCCCUGCCCGCGGUCGACCACGCCCUGUCGGUCAGCAGCGACUCUGGGAACUCGACAGCAUCCGUCAAAACCGAUCGCACUGAUGACCACAGUCUGUUGCUGCAUGGAGCGGUGAACACCAACCAGAACCACAACACGCCCAGUCAUCCCCCUCUCAGUCCCCAGGAGAAGAGAGAGUUGGACCAGCUUCUGAGUGGCCUUGAGGCCCCCAUGCUCCACCGCCAGGCCUACCUGGCUAGCUCCACCAGCCCAGGGGGGGCAGUACGCCACCUUGUCCCAGCCCAGGUGCACGUCAGCGGGCAUACCCGGCUCAUUGCAGCCCCCUCCGCCGAAGAGCGUGAGACGGACAUCUUGGACGACGAGCUGCACAUCAGUCAGGAGGGUAACAGCGUGGACAGUCUGGGAACACUCUCGUCAUUGGACGGCCAGGCCACGCCCGCAGAGCUGUACUACCAAUCACAGAUACCCAUUAAUAGGCAGAACGACGGGCCAUACCUAGAGAAGCUACGGGAGAUGCCGGUGCAUCGGGUACGGACUUCUACGUCGGCACAGGAGCGGAUCAUGGACUCCAGUUCGCCCCAGGAGGAGGAGUACUCUCCUAACAGUUACCAGAACGGGAGUAUGCAGCGUUCCCAGUCCUUCGGGACCCCCGAGCCUGGAGGCCCCAUGCUGCCCAGAGCCCCUGAGAGGAGCACCAGUAGCAGGGAGGCAGUCCAGAGAGGGCUGAGCGCAUGGCACCAGUACAGUCUGCCAGACGACCCCUUCGGUCCUCCCUUACAGAGCACCCACAGUCUGCCCCACUUCCCCCCCACCGCCUCUCAGCAUGACAUAGAGCAGUCUAUCGAAGCCCUCGACAUGCUGAUGCUGGAUCUGGACCCACACACAGGACAGGUUCCCAAGUCCUACAGCGCCCCCUCUGGUGAGAACAGUGUAGGAGGGCCAGCCCAGAUCCCCUUCUCCCAAUCUCUGGCCAGGCCAUCCUACCAGGCAGACUCAGCCAUCCAUGGCUAUAACAUUAACUACAAUGCCUUUGGACAGCCUCUGAGGUCGACGGCUGGCCGGGUUUCAACGUCGCCCGUCCAGAGUCCUGUGGCUGAGUCUCCCCUGUCGUAUGUCCCCCCGAGGUCCGCCUCGUACCAGCCCCAUACAAACACCACUCCCAUACACCCCCCCGAGCCCUACCACAUGCACCCAGCUCAGGGGCCUGGUUCCCCCCUCUACCCCUCUGACUCCUCCUCCAUCUUCGGACAGCUCCAGAUGAAGCCCCUGAACUCGUACCCAGGUGGGACGGUGGUGUCCCACUCCCCAGACCGCAAGGGAGGGUCUCCCUAUCAUGGCUACAGCACCUCCUCCUCCCCCCUCCCCAACUCUUCCCCCCUUCUCAAGGAGCCAGAACCUGAGGAGGAGAACCUCAACCUAGAGGGCCUGGUGGCUCAACGCAUCGCUGAGUACAACGCUCGUAUUCAGGGCAUCAACGAAAGCAUUUCCACUACGCCACAAUCUGACCGCCAUCGCUCUUAUUCUUUCUCUGGGAUGCGUUCCCGUGGGAUGACGCCGGAGGAGGCUCAGGAGACCGUCCGCCGUCGGACCACUAGCGAGGGGCACUACCAGAGUGGCAACGAGGACCCUCCAGCCCACACGGGGGCACCGGUGCGCUCCCCUGUCCACUCGUCACACUUCCACAUCCUCAACCCUGGAGGAAGACCCAGAGAGGGCCCCAUGCACAGCUACCGCGAGGCGUAUGGGGAUGAUGAUGCUGACGGUCGGGCUGCUGUCAGUCCUAUGUUCAGCAGUGGUGGUGAGGCCCACCCCCUGGCCCCUGCCUUCCCUGUCUCACCUCAGACCCCUUACUUCAACAUGUCCCGUUCUCCUCCAGGCUUGGCCAAAACCCCUCUCUCUGCUUUAGGACUGAAGCCCCACCAUCCAGCAGACAUUCUCCAUGGUGGAUCAGACUAUGAAUCUGUAAGCGAUGAGGAGCAAGACGGCCGUGGUUAUGCUGGACACCCCCUAAAUGAUCCUAUAUCUUCCAGUAGUCCCAUCCACAGCCCAGACGGCAUGAGGAUGACUUCCUCCAUUCGUCUCCAGGCUGACUCCGGCUUCCCAUCCCACCCCUUGGAGAGUGCCCAGCACGCCCCCGUUCCGUCCUACGGCCCCCACUCCCCUGAGGGAUCCCAGGUUAGCGUUGUGGGCCCCCUCCACACUGUCCCCGGAAGCCCCAACACACUCCACCGCACGGUGGCCACCAACACCCCACCAAGCCCUGCCCUCCAGCGCCGCCUGGCCAACCAGGCCAGCCCGGGUCUGGCUCGUCACCCCACACCGCCCAAUGGAAACAGGGUGCAAGUCCCUGGCAGCCCUGUGAUCCCCUCAAGAGGCUCCAGAACCGCUGCCGUCCCUCCAAGCCCUUUGAUGGGGCGCCACCCGAUGGCCAGUGGCCACACUACGCCUGAUGACAGACAGGGGGCACCACCCACGCCCUCCUUCCCAGUGUCGCCCCAGCCAAUGCUUCCACAGAAGAGGCGGAUGCCCAGUGGAGAGAGGUCCAAUGUGGGGCUGUCGUAUGGGACUCUGGAUGGGAAGACCACCAUACCCACCUUACCCAGUGGAGGCAGCACGCCCAGUGUGUCCACCUCUCACACCCUACCCGACCUCUCCAAAUUCUCCAUCUAUGACCAGAGUCCAGACAUCAGGCUGAACGUGAAGUUUGUCCAGGACACGUCUAAGUUCUGGUACAAGCCAGACAUCUCCAGAGAGCAGGCCAUCAGUCUGCUGAGAGACAGGGAGCCAGGGGCCUUCGUCAUCAGGGACAGCCACUCCUUCAGAGGGGCCUACGGCCUGGCCAUGAAGGUGGCCUGCCCACCUCCCACCGCCCAGGCCAACAAGAAAGUUGGUGACAUCACGAGCGAGUUGGUGAGGCACUUCCUGAUUGAGACGAGCCCCAAAGGCGUGCGUCUGAAGGGCUGUCCCAACGAACCCUACUUCGGAUGUCUGUCUGCCCUGGUGUACCAACACUCGAUGACUCCUCUGGCCCUGCCCUGCAAGCUGAUGAUCCCCAGCAAAGAUCCCAAUGAGGAGGCCCUGGAGCUGGACACUCCCACUGACACAGUGGCCGAGCUGGUGAAACAAGGAGCAGCAUGCAAUGUUCUUUACAUCAGCUCUGUGGACAUGGAGUCUCUGACCGGUCCUCAGGCCAUCGCCAAGGCAAUCAGCGAAACGAUGGCCGUCAAUCCGUUGCCCGUGGCAACAACCGUCCACUUCAAAGUGUCGUCGCAAGGCAUCACCCUCACGGAUAGCCAGAGGAAGGUCUUCUUCCGAAGGCACUACCCAAUCAACACUGUCACCUACUGCGACAUUGACCCCCAGGACAGGAAGUGGAGCAAGGAAGGAGGUGGAACGGCAAGACUGUUUGGUUUCGUGGCACGUAAACAAGGAAGCACAACGGACAACGUCAGCCACCUGUUUGCCGAGUUGGACCCCGACCAGCCUGCUUCAGCCAUCGUCAACUUCGUCUCUAAAGUCAUGAGGCGAUGAAACCAACGAACCCCUGGCAGUCAUUUUUUUGGUCUUACAUUUUUUUUUCAUCAUUUUGGAUUGUGUUUCAUUAUUUUCUUCUGUUCUCUUUGUUGAGAUAUGUUCUCUUUGUUUUAUUCUGCGAGGUUUUAUGUUUGAAGGACUUGGAGGUAAUCCAAGAUGGCGCCAGAGGAAGUUGUGGCUGGAGUGGUGACAGUGGUAAUGUGUCUCGAGCUGGUGGAGGAAGAAGGUGGAGGAGCUGUGUGCUAAACUAAGUAUCAGUGUGAGAAAAGGACACUGACAUUUAUCAGGGUUUCGGAUUGAUUUACCAAAGGUAGCACUCAGAACAAGUAUGUCAUAAUUAGACGGUCAGUUUAAGGCGUUGUAGGUUUUCUCCGUUUUUCUUUUUUACAACGGGACUGUUGAAAUGAAACAGACAAAAACAGAAAGAAUGCUUUCUUCUUGAACUUUAUUCUGUCUUCAGAAAAAUAGUUUGCCUCAGUGGCUUCUUACUAAAGAAUAUUUAAGAAGACGUUUUGCAUGUUAGCUCGAUCUUUAAGCUUGGUCCACUAAAGUCAUUUGUGAACCCUCGAGUGGACAUUUCCCAGGCCUGUUGUAUGUUGUAAAGGGCUCAACAGCGAGAAAAAUAAACUGUGCUCAACUUCACAGAGCAGAUGAACCUUCUCAUAAAACACAUUGCUUAUGUUAGGUCCAGACUUGACCAGUCGAUCCUGGAGCGCACUGAUUGAUUUCAGAUGUGGGAGAUGGAUUACUCUGGCCUGUGGAAAGGUAGCUGGUAAAUCUACUGCUUUCACUCCUCCUGUCCACACGGCGGUGCCGAUUAUCCACGUUUGAACUCAAUCCUGUUUGACUCAGACUGAUCCUCACCUGUUGGCUGCUCACAGACACUGCUAAUCAACACACUGGAAACAAACACCAGGGACUGGUCCGAGCCCUGGGCCCUAGGCACUUACCUGCAUGUUUUAGUCCAACUGCACCCCCUCCCUCUAAACAUCACCAAAACGGCCAUUCUACGCUGUGUUCUAUGAAGACUUUAACCCUAAGACAAGAAAACAGAGGUUGUUUGCCUUGUUAGAGACUGCAUGAUAUUAUAAACCAUUUUUGGACUCUACUAAAGAGCCCUAAAAAGAAAAAAGAACAUGUAGACAGCCUUUUGUUGAAGUAGUUACUCGAUGGUGAGAUGCGAUAUUUUUUUUAAUCUUGCAGGAGGGUUUCACUGUAUCAAGCAAGGUCGUCUUUCAUUUUGAACCAAAAGGGAAUUUAUCCUCUCACCAGAUCGCAUCUACAUACCUUUAGACAAACGUAGAGGUUGUCACACUGUGUGUAAAUGCCUGCUUCUCAAACACACACCACUCACCCAUCUUCCAUAAGCUAAGGAAAAAUGAUAUUGAUAUCAAAUGUAUAUAGAUAUACUACUUUGAAAGGUGACAUAGCUAAAAAAAAAUAUUUAUUUUUGUUGCUUUGUUCCUCCAUGAUAACUCAUAUAUACAUAUAUUGUACAGUCUACAUAAAGAAGAUUACCUUAAGGAUUGAGAAAAAAAAUACUUAUUUUGGCUAAUGAUUUCAAAGUCGGGAGAUUUUGAAAGGCUUUUGGAUAUAUAUGGUGUACAUUACUCAGUACACGUAUGUUUGUUCUAGCUCGUCAUGUGUCUUCUUCUUCGCGUUCUCAGAGAUUGAGGUUAGGCAUGUAUGGGAUGAAAGCAUAUGAUUUUUACAGGAAAAAUGCAUGGACAAAACCAUCCGGGUGGUAGACCAACAUAAUGUUCAAGUUUGUCUUAAACGCUGCCAUAAUACAGCGAAUAAUAUCAGUUACCUGGCAAAUGUUGUUGCCAGUUUUAGGGUCAGCUCUUGAAUAUGAAUUUACCAUCUUAUGAAAAUAUGAAAUGUUCUUAAAAAAAGAAUACGUUUUUAUAAGGGAAGCAUGAGGACAUUUAAUUUAGAAGUCGACCUUAAAUGCAAUAUGUAAACAGCAAUGUGCAACCCAUCAUACCGACAUUAUGAUUUGCCAAAGAUUCAAACACAUAACUUCUAUGGUGUCUACAUGUUUGGCUUUUUUCCAAGGAAAUUGUGUUGCUAAGCCGAAUGAAUUCAUAAAUGUUCCUUCUGUUGCCAGUAAAUAUGCAGACCCACAUACCACUAACACCACCAUUAUAUGUGAACUUCUCUAUUCUCUCUCUCGUCCUCUCCAGUUGAGUUGAGACUAUUGUUAACCCGUUUAGAAAUACCAAUCACUUACCAAUGGAAUACCACAACCAUACAACAGAUGCAAACUAUUACUUUAUAUCAUUUCAUGUGAAUAUCAGUAAAGGCUAAAUGUUGUCUACAAUUCUUCAAAUCUCUUUUAUUUGAGCUACUACGUCUAGCUAUAGUCACCCCGAUGUCCAAACUGUGGCCCUCUGUGGCCCUCUCACAAGUAACAUGAUUUAUUUAUUCUCCUUAUUUAUUCUUUAUUUGCUGGUAUGUUUUUUUUUUUUUAAGUCCUCAACAUUUCAAGCUACACGACCCCGAGGCUGUCAGUCAGUGUUAACCAAUGGAAAUGGAAUGUAUUUUUGUGUGGAGGUGUGUGGAGGAGUUCAGUGUACAGACGGGAACUUAAUGAGUGUGUGAAUGUACUACUAAGGAUGUACAGAAGGGUCUUGUGUUGGUUUUUUUCUUCAUUUGCAUUAUACUGUCAUGGCUUACCUGUUCCUGAGGAGAAAACACAACAUUAAAGCAAUACAAAUCCGUUACAGUAAAACA